AUGGGAAGUAGAAUAUAUGUGAAAAUUAAAGAAUUCGCUGUGGAUGAUUCUUCGCCGGAGUUUCCUUUGGGAAUCGUUGGAGCAUUUCAAGCAAUGGAAGAUAACAACCAAAUAGAAAUGCCAAGCGAUCCUAAGAAUACAGAGAUUAGUACGGGUCCUUCUGGAGUAACAAAUGAACCGAAUGCUUGCAUUGAAGAAGCUGGAGGGAAAAAGAGAAAACGUAUGGAAGACAGGUCAGAUGUUUGGAAACAUUAUGCUAAGUUUAUUGAAGACAGGUCAGAUGUUUGGAAACAUUAUGCUAAGUUUAUUGAUAAGGGUAGUGGUAAACAACGUGCAACUUGUAAUUACUGCAAAAAAGAUUAUGCUGCUAAAACAAAAAAACAUGGAACUAGUAACUUGUGGAAUCAUUUGAAGGAUUGCAAAUCAUAUAAUAUUGAUUCUACUCAAACUCAUUUUUUUCCUAUAAAACACAGUUUGAAUGGUGAAACUGAGAAGGGUGAUAUUAGGGAUAUGAAAACUUGGAAGUUUGAUAAUGAAGUUGCUAGGAAAGGAUUGGCUCAUAUGAUUGUUAUUGAUGAACUCCCAUUUUGCUUUGUUGAAAAAGAUGGUUUUCGGACUUAUAUUGAUCUUAUAACACCUCCUGGAUAUCAACUUCCUUCAAGAAGAACUGUCACUAAAGAUAUUUUUGAAUUGUAUAUAGAAUUGAGGUGUAAGUUAAAAAAUGUGCUUAAUGUGUCAAAACAACGAGUGUCUCUUACAACUGACACUUGGACUUCUAUUCAAAGAGUGUCUUACAUGUGUAUUACAGCUCAUUGGAUUGAUGCAAAUUGGAAGUUAAAUAAAAGGGUAAUAAAUUUUUGUCCAAUUGAAAGUCACAAAGGAUAUGAUAUUGGUGAUGUAAUUAUGAGGUGUUUGGUUGAUAGGGGUUUAGAUAAGUUAUUUUGUGUCACCGUUGAUAAUGCAACUUCUAAUGAUAAUGUCAUUAAGAGUUUGAAAAAUGUGCUGAAGAAUUGGGGGACUAAUAUAAUGAAUGGUGACCUCCUUCACAUGAGAUGUUUUGCACAUAUUAUUAACUUGGUUGUUUCAGAGGGUUUGAAAGAGGUAAAUGACUCUAUAAAUGCUGUUAGGGCUGCUGUAAAAUAUGUUAGACAGUCUCCGGCAAGGUUGAAAAAAUUUAAAGAUUGUGCAGUUUUUGCUAAAGUUGAAUGCACAAAAGCUCUUUGUUUAGAUGUCAGAACAAGGUGGAAUAGUGUGUAUUUGAUGUUAGAUGUUGCGGAGAAGUAUGAGAGAGUGUUUGAAAGAUAUGAGAUUGAAGAUCCUAAUUAUAUUAAGGAGUUAACAUCUGGUGUUAGUCAAUAUGAAGAUGAAGCUUCAUCAAGAACUCCUAAUGAAAAGGAUUGGGAGGUUGUUAGAAGAAUGGUAAAAUUUUUGAGCCACUUUUAUCGGCUUACAGUGAAAGUUUCUGGAAGUAAAUAUGUGACUGCAAACACAUUCUUACGUGAUAUUGCGACACUUCAUGCAAAGAUAAAUCAGUGCAGGGAUUCCACAGAUAUUGAUUUGGCUCUAAUGGCAAUUGGGAUGAAAUCUAAGUUUGAUAAGUAUUUGGGAGAUCCUGAAAAAAUGAAUAAAGUUAUAUUUCUUGCAGCUAUAGUAGAUCCAACUCAAAAGCUUUCAUAUGUGAAGUAUGUAUGCGCUAAGUUGUACGGAGAGCAAAAAGGAAAGCAACUGAUAGCAAAAAUUACGGAAGCUUUGUGUAAUAUUUUUAGUGAAUAUGAGGCAAGAAGUUCUAUUCAAGUUCUUGCAACAAACAAAUCUGCCCCUACUGUUGUGGAUUUUCAUAUUUCAAGUGCUGAAGAUGAUCAAAAUGACAUGAGUGAUUUUAUUCAGUGGCAUGCUAAUGAAAGUGGUUCUCCUUCAAAUAAAACUGAGUUAGACAAGUAUUUAGAUGAAGCUCUUGAGCCUUUGAGUGAUAAAUUUGACAUACUUGCUUGGUGGAAGGUGAAUGAACCUAGGUUUCCCACUUUGUCACAAAUGGCACGCGACUUGCUUGGAGUACCAAUUUCUACUGUUGCUUCGGAGUCUACAUUUAGCACUAGUGGUCGUAUACUUGAUGCUUUUCGCAGCAGUUUAACACCAAGAAUGGUUCAAGCAGUGAUAUGUGCCCAAGAUUGGUUACGUUCCCAAUCAAAAGAUGUAAGUGUUGAGGAAGACAUUGCAAUCCUUGAAGAGAUAGAGAAAGAAAUUUAUGAGCAGGAAACUUGA